AUAACCUCAAAAAAUUCAAGAAAAUAAUACAAAAUGUUGCGAAAGAUUAAUCCUUUGGUUAAAAGAGUAGCACAACAAAAUAAUGCUAAUUUAAUUAGAAAUCUUAGCACAACAUCGGCGAUUCCAGCCAGUGUUUAUGAACCGGAUUACUUGGAGUCUCUCAAACCAAAAUUCCCUCAAUAUGAAAGUCUGAAUGUACAAAUUAAGGGUUAUGAUUAUCCCAUAUUGGAAAGUUAUCAACGUUAUUUGCAUAGUGUAGCUGAGUAUUUGGACAUUGAUGUCGCUGACUGUUAUGCUCUACCACCUCAAAAUAUGUCCGUUCAAAGACUUAAACCAAAUUCCACAGUCGUAGAUUCAGAGUAUCGCUUAACUGUUUACGAACGUAACAUACAACUUCAAGAUAUGGAUGUACCAUUGUACCCCAUGUUUUUAAGGAUUGCCCAAGCAGCCUUACCCGAAGGCGUGCAACUCACUGUGCAGGAACAUACCGAUGAAUGCGAGGAGAGACGUUACGUACCAGACAAAGAUCUGCUAGAACUUAAGGCCGAAUUGGAAAAAAUGCAGGGUGGUGCAAAGAAAAAGUAAAAUUUAAAAAUUUUAUUUAAAUGUUGAUUUAUUUUUGUUUUAAGUAACCAUACAAAUUGUAAAAAAAUAAAAAACGAAUAAUAAAUUUAAUAAAUUAUAAAUAAAA